UUGUAUUAGAGGCGGAGAUAUCAUUGGAUUCGCUUCCGUAGUUGGUAUUUUAUCACUUUAAGUAACUUCUCAUUUUUAUAUUGAUUACAGACGACAAAGCUUGAUCGGUUUCGAUUAUUGAGCUAAUUUUGUAGGUAUUUAGUGCAUUUAUCAAAAAAAUGUUUCGCAACAUUCAUAAAGUCGUAAAACUACAAAAAGCUAAAUUUUCUGUGGCGGCGCCGGCUCCACAAACGAAUCCCGAGAUACUUUAUACAGGUCUCUUCAUCAACAAUGAAUGGGUGAAGUCAUCAGAUGGCAGAACCUUUCCAACAGAGAAUCCUGCUACUGGAGAGGUCAUAACUGAGGUACAGCAGUCUGGCAAAGCUGAUGUGGAUAAAGCUGUCAAGGCUGCUAAAGAAGCCUUUAGGUUGGGAUCGCCAUGGAGAACAAUGGAUGCUUCACAGAGGGGCGUACUUAUCAACAGAUUAGCAGAUCUGAUUGAACGGGAUAGAACAUACUUAGCGAGUUUGGAAACCCUCGACAAUGGCAAGCCUUACACAGCGGCAUAUCACGGGGACCUGGGAGGCGUGAUAAAGAAUCUCCGAUAUUACGCCGGAUGGGCGGACAAAAAUCACGGCAAAGUGGUACCCACUGACGGUAAAUACUUCGCGUAUACCCGCCACGAGCCAGUAGGUAUAUGUGGUCAAAUCAUCCCAUGGAACUUCCCGUUGCUGAUGGCUGCGUGGAAGCUGGGGCCGGCGCUGGCGACGGGCAACACCGUUGUGAUGAAGCCGGCUGAGCAGACACCCCUCACCGCUCUGUACCUCGCGCAACUUGUCAAGGAAGCUGGUUUCCCACCAGGUGUGGUUAACAUGCUGCCAGGAUACGGAGACGCCGGCGCUGCCAUCGUCGAACAUCCCGAUGUGGAUAAAAUUGCCUUCACUGGUUCAACGGAGGUGGGCAAGCUGAUCCAGCGCGGCGUGGCGGACAGCUUGAAGCGCGUGACGCUGGAGCUGGGCGGCAAGUCGCCCAACAUCGUCCUCGCCGACGUGGACCUCGAGCGUGCCGUCGAGGCUGCCCACCACGCGCUCUUCUACAACAUGGGCCAGUGCUGCACCGCCGGUUCGCGUACAUUUGUUGAAGAUAAGAUCUACGACAAAUUCGUGGAGUUGGCAGCGGAGCGAGCAAAGCGCCGCGUGGUCGGCGACCCGUUCAGGCCCGACGUCGAGUCCGGGCCGCAGAUCGACAGAGAGCAGCACGGCAAGAUUCUAAGUUUGAUCGAAAGUGGACGUCGCCAGGGAGCGCGGCUAGUGGCGGGCGGAGGUCGUGCCGGCGACAAGGGAUACUUCGUGCAGCCGACUGUGUUUAGCGAUGUACAAGAUGACAUGGAUAUUGCUAGGACCGAGAUCUUCGGGCCGGUGCAGCAGAUCAUCAAGUUCUCGAGCCUGGAGGAGGUGGUGGAGCGCGCCAACAACACGGUGUACGGGCUCGCGGCCGCCGUGUUCACUAAGGACUUGGACAAAGCCAAUUAUCUGAUACAGUCCAUCCGCGCGGGCACAAUAUGGGUGAACGACUACAAUAUAUUCGGCAACCAAGUACCAUUCGGCGGAUUCAAGCAGUCGGGCAUCGGCCGCGAGAAUAGCGAGUACGGUCUGCGGAACUACACUGAGGUGAAGGCGGUCGUCGUCAAGCUAACGGAGAAGAACUCAUAAAUGUUUUAUUUAGACUGGCAAUUAAAAUGGUCCAAUGACAAUUAUUUUACUGAACUGUAAUAUUUCAAAAGGACAUACAUGGAACUCCAACAUAAGGGGGUUACCCCUUUAUGUUGAGGUUCUAUGUAUAUCAAUAUUUUGUUGACAUUUAAUCUUAAAUAUAUCUUAUUAUAUUGAAAAUAAGUAUAUUUUGAAUAUUUAAUUCCAAGAUUGUAUUUUUGUAAAAUGCAUUUUAUAAAUUGUGUCAUAUUUUUUAAAAGGUCACAUUAUAUAUUUUAUUAUUUUACUAACUUAAUACUUGAAUCUGAUUCAUAAUAUAUUAUAGAAAAAAAAAUGUGAAACUUCGCUCACAUCAAUACUUAAGAUCUAUAAAUGGAUAUUAAUAAUGUACUUAACAUAUAUUGUCUAUUAAUACUUUUAUAAAUUGUAGCAACUUAGUUGCGAAUGUGCGAUAAGUAAUGUGCGAUGGUUUUAAGCAUAAUAACUAAAUUUGUUUUUAGAAAUUUGUAAUAUUAAUCCUCUUUUGGACUAAAUUAGCAUGAUCAGUGCUCUCAUUCUGAUUUAGAAUUUACGCAAUGUAAUCUGGCUAGAUUUUAUUUACAGCAAUAAUUUUCUCUUAUAUAUUUUUUCUUACGUUUAAUUAAAAAAAAAAUGGAAUUAUACUUUUAGUUAAGGAGCUGACGUCUUAAAUAUUUUUAACAUGUUUAAAAGUUGUUAUACAAGUUUAAAAUAAAAUCUAUUUAGAUUAUCCCAUUUUUGUUUGAAUAGUUUCCUUUGUAUUGCACUCGGAAUGUUUUUUAAUUAUUAAUAAUUCUUUCAUUUAAAAAUGUCUUCCAUUAUAUUAGAAUUAAAAGUAUUUUUCUUGCAUUUAAACUUCUAUACUACUGAACUCAAUACUUUGUGCCAUUUGUUUUACACUUUGGUGUAACAUUAGAAAUGCUAUUAAUAUUUUAUAAGAGAAUAUGUAUAUAUUUUUUUAAUAAAACACAAUUGUUAAGUACAAA